GAAGCCGCGGAGAUGCAGAUCUUCGUGAAGACGCUGACGGGGAAGACCAUCACCCUCGAGGUGGAGAGCAGCGACACCAUCGACGCCGUCAAGGCAAAGAUCCAGGACAAGGAAGGCAUCCCUCCGGACCAGCAGCGCCUCAUCUUCACGGGGAAGCAGCUGGACGACGGCCGCACCCUCGCCGACUACAACAUCCAGAAGGAGUCCACGCUCCACCUUGUGCUUCGCCUCCGCGGCGGCGGCUGCAUGAUCGAGCCCAACCUCAAGGCCCUCGCUCAGAAGUACAACCAGGGCAAGCUCAUCUGCCGCAAGUGCUAUUCACGCCUGCCUCCCAGGGCCAAGAGCUGCCGCAAGAAGAAGUGUGGCCACAGCAACCAGUUGCGGUCAAAGAAGAAGUGUAGGUACUGCUGAAGUGCCAUGAAUGAUCAGUUGAAUCGGUUGACUACCUGUUUAAGCUUGCCAGAACUGUCAGAGUUCUAAGUAUCUUGAUGUAAUGUUCUUGCUGGAUGUUGAAAACUUGGUUUAUGGUUCCGGUGCAUGCU